AUGAACGACUCUGACUCUACUGAUCCCUCAUUAUCAACUCGCAUUCGAUCUUGGUUCCGGACCAAGCCGCAUGUUAGUCCUACACCACCUCCGAGUGAUCCCGCCUCUACCUCGACCCUGAACCAUUCAUCCAUCCAGGGCGAGCAUGGCUUCACAGAAUCUACAACCACGGCAGUGCCUGGCAGUCAAAUCAUUGAGGAAGGGAAAGAUGGUCAACCCACCUCCCAAUCCACACUUGCAGACGACAGAAGCCCAGGAUUGCCUCCACCAGCUCCACCCCCUACCUCGGAGAAAGCAGAAGGAGAAGUAUCUCCCACAUCUUCCGCCGUAAGCUCCAAGGAAAAAUUGCCUAUGCGCAAAAGAUUUUACAAUGACUGCAAACGUAUAAUCUUCUGUAGCUGGAUCAACUGGCUACUGAUAUUCGUCCCUGUUGGCAUUAUUGUCGGUGUAGUAGAAAGAGCACAAGGAGAAAGUAGCGCUAUCAGUCCUACUGUCGUAUUCGCCAUGAAUGCAAUAGCAAUCAUUCCUCUGGCAUCUUUGUUGGCCUUCGCAACUGAAAGCGUGGCUACCAAGAUGGGAGACACAAUUGGCGCGUUGCUUAACGUUACCUUUGGAAAUGCCGUGGAGCUCAUCGUCUUUAUCAUUGCUCUCGUUGCCAACGAGAUCCAAAUUGUUCAAGCGGCUGCGCUUGGUUCGAUUUUGUCGAACCUGCUCCUAAUCCUGGGCAUGUGCUUCCUCUUUGGAGGGCUCCGUUUCCGGGAACAGCUCUACAAUCCCGCCGUAUCUCAGAUGAGCGCUUGUCUGCUCAGCUUGAGUGUGGUCAGCCUGCUCCUUCCAACAGCGUUUCAUGCGUCAUUCAGCAAUAGCGACAUUGCUGAUAGAGUAGUGCUCAAAGUUCUCCUUUGCGUCUAUGUUUUGUACCUCCUGUUUCAGCUGAAAUCUCACGCCUACAUGUAUGAGAGCACGCCUCAACACCUGAUCGACGAGGAAUCUCAUCCUGGUGUGCUGGCAGAAAUGUUAAAUGCUUCCAGUUCGUCAGACGACUCGAGCUCUUCGAGCGAUAUAGAUUCGGAUGGCAGUUCGGGUUCUCAUACUACAGCCAAGCGCAUCAAGCGUGCGCUACGCCGAAAGCGUCGCAAGUCCAGUGUCAGCUCCAGAGAUGCCCCAUCAGUGCCUUCUACCUAUCACGUCUCGUCUCCUUUGAGCAAUGUCUUUGAAAAUGUGACCCCUGGAACGCGUUCACCUCAACAGCUCUCACCCAAACCAUCGCACAGCUUCGAGGCAGUGAUGAGCGGUGAUGAAGGAGACAUCGAUCGAGAAAGCAGGAGAGCACGUCGCACGUCUACAGGAAUUAACUCAAGAGAUUUUGGCAUAGACCAAAAUAACUCUGUAGAGGAAGUGAUCGAGAAAGUCAGGAAGCACAAAAAGAAGUUCAGAAAAUCGAAGAAGUCGAAACCCCAAGCCAAGGCUCACGAAGUUACUGAAGAGAAAACCCUUGACGAGAAAUCUACCCAAGGAGCUCAAGCCAAGGAUAAAAUGCCAGCACAAGCUUCGGCCUCGCUGCCGCAGGUUGCCUUCGUCAACGAGGUCCAGGACAUGCCUGACACGAGUCUCAAAAGACCAUUUCACUUCCGUGAUCUUUCUCGAGCUGCAAUCCCACGAGCUUUGUCGCCAGCUAUAUUUUCCCAGUCAUCUACAAGCCAAACUCCCUCGGCACCGGGUCUGUUAGGACUACCCAAGGCUGGCCCAAACAUCCGUCGAACCACCUCUAUGCCAGAGAUGGGCCACACUACGCCAUCGCCAAUCAUCGCUCCCUUGUCUGUUCAGCCGUUACCCCAUCUGAUGCCAAGCAACCAGCAGAUUACGGUCAUCAUCGAUCCAGAAGACUCACAUGGCCAACAGCAACUCUCGCGGACGUCGGCUGUACUACUUCUUCUUGUCGCCACUGCUCUCGUGGCAGUCUGCGCCGAACUCCUCGUCAACAGCAUCGACUACCUCGUACAAGAAACUGGAGUUAGCCAAGCCUUCAUCGGUCUCAUCAUCCUACCUAUUGUUGGAAAUGCGGCCGAACACGUCACCGCCGUGACUGUCGCCUCAAAAAACAAAAUGGACCUUGCCAUUGGCGUCGCCUUGGGCAGUAGUAUUCAGAUUGCUAUUUUUGUCACUCCUCUGAUCGUGCUGCUGGGUUGGUGCCUCCAGAGGGAUAUGAGUCUCUACUUUAGUCUCUUCGAGACGAUCAGUCUGUUCGCUAGUGCGUUUAUUGUCAACUAUCUGAUGAUCGAUGGGAGGAGCAAUUAUCUGGAGGGUGCGUUACUGAUUGCGGCGUACGUUAUCAUCGCGGUGGCCGCUUUCUUUUACCCAAGCUGUGAGAAUCUGAGUGAGGCGGGAGGGUUGGCGGAGGGGGCUUGUCGUUAG